AUGCUUCUGGAGCGCGACGACAGCUUCAUGUCCGAGUUUGAGGACGCGUGCAGCGCCUGGGUGGAUAGCGUGGGCUCGAGCCCAAGUGACGGAGCGGACUCUGACGUGGGGUCACCUUUCUGCUCAGGUGAGUCCGGCUGCGGCUCCGCAGAGGAUCAUAUCGAUCAUAUCGAUCAUAUCGAUGAGCUGCUCGCCUAUUAUGCAACUAACUCCUCCUCCUCCUCCACAGUCUUCUCUCCGGGAACUGACGCCUCCGACUCAGAUUUCUUCUCCGACUUCAGCGACUGCUCCUCGGACACUCUCUCGCCCUCCCUCGCCUACAACGGCAGCUUCUUCGCGGAAUGGAGCAGCAGCAGCAGCAGCAGCAGCAGCAGCAGCAGGGCGACGCCCUACUCGUGUCCUCGCUGUGGAGACCAGCGGCGCUUCUCGUCGGUACCUGAGCUCCGGGCGCACCUGGUCAGCCGACACACCUACGAGACGCUGCUGCUGCUCUCACAGGCCCGUGUCAGGAGCUCCAGAACCGGCGCUCUGCUCCCCCUCCCCGGCCCGGCCGUGGCCCAGACUCAGCGCUCCUCUCUGGGCCCAGAGCCCCCCGGCCUCCCCCUGCCGCUGGCCUGCCUGGAUCUAGCUCCGUCGUCGGCCUCCGUCCGGCUGCUCAGGGAGAUGUUCGGCUCAUCGGACCGCGGGCCUCCAGAGGACCCCUCCACCGCUCUGGCCCUGCCCGGGUCUCGGGACACCCCUCGUGGGGAGCGGCUGGGCGAGGUGGGGGUCCCGCUGGGGCUGCCGGUGGGCAUCGGCCUGGAGGAGCGGCUGGGCCUGGGGCUCGACCGCAGGAUCGCCCGGACGUUCGCCGAGGUGGAGGAGAGGGUGAACCGCCGCGUGGGCCGGCUGAGGGCGGAGCUACAGAGGAGGGAGGCGGAGCUUGAGCAGGAGAGGCGGGACGGGGAGCGGCUGAGGGGCGAGAAGAUGGAGGUGGAGGAGAAGGCGGCGUACCUGUCCAGACAGGUCUCGGCUGCCGUGGAGAUGAUGGAGCGACUGAAGACGGAGCUGGAAGGGAAAGAGGAGGAGCUGCAUGAACGGCACCAGGAGAUGGUCGGCAUCGAGUGUUUUCUGAGGGAGACGGCGGAGAAGGAGGCCGAAGCCAAAUCCAGACUUCAGGUGUUCAUCGAGACGCUGUUGGAUCGAGCCGACCGAGCGGAGCGACAACUGCUGCUGCUUGACUCGCAUCACAACCACUUCAGCGACCAAUACGUCGACCCGUACGACCUCACUGAGGCAUACGCGCCCGCCGCCGCCGGCCGCGGAGGUCGCAGUCUGGACAGCAGCACUGACGACAUCAUCGCAAACAAGAUGCAGGGAACCAUCGGAAACCGGAGGAGCUACAGUGUCUCGGACUCCUACAGGUUGGGGGAGCAGCUCUACAGCCGCCACCACUACAGCGGUCUGAACGGACGAAUGCGAACCUUGUCUCUGGGUUCGGGGGGGUGGGACUGUGAGGGCCAGUCAGUCCACCUCCACCUGCCUCACUACGCUCCAUCCUGGACCCGACCAGAACCAGGAGGAGGUGGCAGGACGGACAGGUUCUGGGCUGGGGAAGGAGGAUGGGGGGCGACGUGGAGCAAAAGAAACCUCCGUCACCACAGCACUGAGGAGGAGGAUGAGGAGGAGGAGGAAGAGGAGGAGGAGGAGGAAGGUUUGUGGAGCAGUGCUGAGAUGAGGCGGCUCAUCUUUGCUAGGACACACACACCUGGAUCAGAUGCUCCCUCCUCCCUGCACUCCACCCCCUCCAAUCGCCGUGGCAACAGGCAGCUGGGGGCGGACACCCUGAGGCUGAGGGCGGGGCUUUUCUGCGUCUUCCCUUAUUUGGACGUGCGGUCGUUGCUGCGCGCGGCCGAGGUGUGCUCUGAUUGGCGGUUCGUCGCCAGGCACCCGGCGGUUUGGACGCGCCUCCGGCUGGAGAACGCCAGAGUUUCGGCCGAGUUCCUGACCACUCUGUCUCAGUGGUGCACUCAGACCCAGUCUGUGACCCUCAACAACCUGAAGCCUCGAAGCCGACGAGCCGACGAGACGCGAGAGGAUUACCAUAGAAACACAAGGGGCAGCGUGGAGCCGGGGGUGGAGGCUCUGCUCAGGUCAGCAGGGGGCAGUCUUCUCCACCUGUCCAUCUCUCAGUGUCCACACAUCCUGACUGACAGGACGCUGUGGUUGGCCAGCUGCUACUGCAGGAACCUGCACACGCUCACAUACAGGAGUUCUUCAGACCCUCUCGGCCAGGAGGUUCUCUGGGCCCUGGGUGCAGGCUGCAGGAGCAUCAGCAGCCUGCAGGUGGCGCCGGCUCACCCCUGCCAACAGCCAACUCGUUUUGGUAACCGCUGCUUGCAGACGAUUGGUCGAUGUUGGCCACACCUCCGCUCACUCAGUGUGGGCGGGGCCGGUUGUGGGACUCAGGGAUUGGUUACUGUUGUGCGUAACUGCGCUCACCUGCAGGUGCUGGAGUUGGAGCGUAUUACCGACCUCGGCCUGCAGGCGGCGACAGAGCUGUGCAAAGCUGGGCUGAAGAGCCUGCAGACGCUGGUCCUGACGCACACGCCGGUCAGCGGUCAGGCCAUCCUGCACUUCCACAGUGUGUGCGACAACAUCAGGUCCAUCGAAGUGGAGGUGUCAGCGGCAGAUUACUUUGAAGAGCCCGACACUCAGGAAGCGCAGCACUUGUUUGGAGAGAUUCUCAGCACGCUGAAGGUUCUCCAGAAGCGUCCUGGGCUGAGCGACGUCCUGCAGGUCAAAGCUGAAGGAUUCUUCUGA